CAAAAACUAAAACUAAAAACUAAUGAAACAAUCAUCACCUUAAUUAGCCGACAUAUAUAAUAUUUCCGGUCAUCUAAGAAACUUUAGUGAAUAUUAACGAUAUUUCUUUUUAGAUAUUUUUCUAAGAUUUAGAUACUUUUAGCUAUAUUUAAUCAUAUUUAUCAUCGGUUAUCAUGUAGGUAAAUGUGUGGUCUCGUUAAAAAAUCCACCGCAGGGCAUGUCCAACUAUGGACACCACGAAACACCAUGCAUUCUGGUAUCAUUUAUCAACACAAUACACAAACGCUGAUGACUUGCAGUUUUGUCCUAAAACUUGGAUAUUAAUAUUUUACCAGGUCAGCCGUCCGAACUGAACUAUUGUUAAAAGUUAAAAGGCUCAAAAUUUUAAUCUUAAAGGGGAUGAAUCUGUGAACUUUUUGGUUUAUUUUAGAAACAAAAAGUGGGAUAUUAUAGUUAACCCUUAACAUAGUCCAUGUGGUACUCAUAUACUAAUAUAUAACUAGUAGUUUCAAAUCAUAAGUUACUUCACGUGGUGAAGCAUUCAAAGUAAGUUUGAUCACAUAUGCCUUGGUAGACAGUGUACUUUGUUUGACUUUUCAUUAUCACAGAACGCACCAACAUUGAUGAUGCAAGAUAUAUUAUUGUCCGGACGUAUAAUCUAUGGGUCCUGGCCAUGUUUUUUUGGAUCAUAUCUAUGAAGACAACAUAAGAACCAAUCCUUGUGUUGAUCUUCAAUCCCACACCUCUUGUGUCACUUUCUUCAUUUCUCUUCUCAAAUUCUCAAGCUCUUUUUACUGUUUUUCUUGUCACAGAUUCAACUCUAUAAAUCUCACUAUAUUAUUAUAGUCUCCAAGGUUCAACUAAUAAACUUAAGAAGUAGGUGAGUACUUAUCAAUGGAGAAGAACAUCAAGAGAUAUGAUGUAUGGAGAUCUUUGAAAGAUGGAGAUUAUCAAGAAGAAGAUGUGUGGGAUGUUCUUGAUGGAUAUCAUCAACCCUCGUUGAUGAUCAGCAACCAUACGAGUAAACCCUCUUUACUAGCACAAACUUUUCUUUCGAGUGAGCCUAGGAUGAUUCCAGAGAGGCAGCGCAGAGAAGGAAUGGCACAUAUGGGACAACACUCGGCUCCUGUCAAUGUUCCAGAGUGGUCAAUGGUUCACAGAAAGAAGACAAAGAAACUAGAGGAUGAUGAUGAUGAUGAUGAGAAUGUAUCACCGGAAGAGUAUUUUCUGCGGCGGAGUCGGUCAUCAUCGUCGUCCUCGGUUAUGGAAGGAGUUGGAAGGAAAUUGAAAGGAAGAGAUUUGAGCAAAGUCAGGAACGCAGUAUUGAAGAAAACUGGAUUUCUUAAAUAGACAAAAGAUUGUAGAUUAUUAUAUAUUUAUAUGUUUAUAUAUAUAUAUGAAUGGUCUAUAUAUAUUUUCACUAUCAUUAGAUUUUUUUUCAUUAUAGGAACUAUUAGAAUUUUCUUUUAAAAUCUUUAGUUUGUUAAGGUGGAUGUAUGUAUGUAUUAAUAUGUGAUUUAAUUUGGCAUAAUAAAACAAAGGUCUAUUAUUGUUGAAA